UUUCAAAUUGUGUCAGCGGAAAUUCACAAUAAAAAAAAAUUCAAAAUGGAUGCUAUACAUCAUAUAUCUACAGUAAGGAGUGAGUUUUUAAAACAAAAUUAACAAAUUUACUGUGUUUCAUUCAAACGUGCUUAAUGUGGUAAGAUGACCAGCUUCUCUGGUGGGCCUUUGACAGAAGAAGAGGAGUAUUUGUUGGAGAGAUUUAGAAUUUUGCGGGAAAAGGUAUUUUUAUACUUUGAUAGUUUGUAUUUUUAAAAUAAAUAUUUCAGUAUUUACUGUAAAUCAUUUACAGUAAAUACUGAAAUAUUUAUUAUGUGAAUUCACAAUGCACACUGUAUUAACUGGAUAGCUUUUCAAAAACGAAGUGGCUAUUCCGGCUAUUCGUACUGGAACAGUAUGCCGAGUUGCUAUUUGUACUGCAGUCUAGACCCAACCUCGUUUUACUUCACACACACACAAUGCCUUGCAUGCAGGGACAUAGGAACUAUGGGGCACAGGAGGCACAUGCCCCCCCCCCCCCAAUUUUUUCAAAGGACCAAAAGUAGCCUGCGAACAGCCUCACUGGGAGAAAGGUGAGCCUGCACGGAACCAUGCAUUUUAUUCAAUCACCCCCUUUUCACAUCUGCUAAACACAAACCAAUCAGCGUCGACUGCGAUAAAUAAACUGUCAAAUUGACGCAGGGGCGUAUGUGCAACGAAGAAAUGUAUAUAACAGUAAUACGAAGCAUUAGCAGGCUGCACAAUAUAUUAAAUAUUAAUUAGAAUUCUCCAGAUAAUAGAUUAAGAGUUAAUAAUCAAUACAUACAAAUGUAAAGCCAAAUAAAAUACUACCAAUGAUUCAUAGUGAUUGAAUGUAAUAAUACUUGUACUACUUGUGACUGAAAGAACAAAGUUCUGAAUAUUUGAAGCUAUUAAAAUGCGGUCAGACAGAUUGCGAUUUGGAAAACGUCUAAAUGAGCAUGUAUUUAGUUUCUUCGAAAUCACGAGCGUGCCUCGAAAUAAUUAAAAAAUAUUAACAAUAUAUGUAGAAAAUAUAUCUAACUUGUUAAUUUAAUAGAAUGAAUUUGUUGUGUUUCGUCUGUCAGUAUUGACGGGUGUGCAUGUCACUCGUCUGAUUUCAAAACAAGCAAUGUCACUGCUUCAAAACAUUGCUAUGUCACUUUCGGAAUUUCAUUAUUUUCUUCCUCCUUUCUUGUGUCCCUGUCACAAUUUAGACAGAGAUUGUGUCCAAUGUCGCUAUAUUUCAAGUCAUAUAUGUUGCCAUGUUGCCUGUCGGAAUUUACCUUAACAGGGUUGACAAGACAUUACUAUCUGUAGUGUAUAAUAUAUAUAGUUGUAUCAUAUACAUACAGUAAAUAUAUUUUUAUAUUUUGUCUAACAGAAAAAGUUGCUGAAAAAGUUGAAAGAAAAAGCAGAAACUAAAGUAAAGCCAACUGUAAAACGAGGUAAGUAGUGUAUUUACAUUUGUGGGAUAAGGGGUCUUGUUUAUAUGGUAUUCAUGUUCCCAAACACAAUCUUUGGUCAACAUGAGUGGGUAGGUUUUGUGCCAAGCACAUGAAGUCGAUCCUCGACUUUUUCUUGUGUAUAUAUAUAUAUAUAUAUAUAUAUAUAUAUAUAUAUAUAUAUAUAUAUAUAUAUAUAUAUAUAUAUAUAUAUAUAUAUAUAUAUAUAUAUAUAUAUAUAUAUAUAUAUAUAUAUAUAUAUAUAUAUAUAUAUAUAUCUUUUUACAAAAACAUUAAUGGUUUUGAAGAUGGGGAAUAAUACUAUAUCCAUUUGCAAAACCCAUCAAUGAAUAAGGCGAAUAAUUACAGUACCAUUAAUGGUUUCUUUUUCUAAACCAUUACUGGGUUUUAUAAUACUGAUAUUGAUGUCGUAAUUAUAGUGUCGCCAUGAAUGGUAUGAAUAUAUUCAUGAUGAUUAUAUUACAUCAUCGUGAUUUACUAUAUGAAUGAUAAAAAUUGGUUUUAUUUAUAUUACAUAAUGUUAAUUGCUAUUAAUUAAUGAAUAUUGACAACAAAAUGUGUAUUUGGUGGUAUUUAAAUGAAACCAUUAAUUUUACCAUCAGGGGCAGAUCUGGCCUGAUUUGGUAGAGGGGGUGUAGGUUUUUGAAAUUUAAAGCCCUGAAAUGCCAUUUCCUGCAUUCUGAAAACUACUUAAUGUUUAUUCAUUAAAUUUGCCCUCACAGUACUUGUAUUUCGCAUAUUCAAAAGUAAAAGGUUUCAAAUCCCAAUAUAAUAAGUAUAGGUUAUUUUGAGGCAACGAGGGGAUAUAAACACAUAUCCCCGAGGUGCCUCAAAAUAACGUACUUAUUUUUCACAUUGCGAGUUCACGUUAAUGAGUCAGAAUAGAAAUAAUUCUUAAUGCCAUAUUGCCUUCGUAAUGUUGUUUUUUUCUCAUUUUUUGUGCUGCAAAGACAUUGUAGGUGAAUAUUAGAGGGGAUUAUUAAUUAAACGGAAAUUGAUUAGAGGGGAAUAUUGAAUAUAUUUCCCGCUAAGAACAAAGGAAACCGAGCAGGGUGAAAAAUAAGUAGUAUUCACAACUCAAAUAUGGAAUACUAGAGUUUUCUUCAAGGGAGUGCUGGACAUCACUGGGGGGGGGGGGAGGUGUACACCCCAUUGCACCCCACUGGUAGAUAUUCCCCUGGGUACUAUUAAUGUGAAUCAAAAUUCUGACAGCCUGUAGAAAAAUAAAGUUGAUGGAAAUUGUGUAUUAUUUUCACAUCAAUGGUUUUCAAUAAUCUGAAUGGUUUUAAUGGGAAAUACAUUUUGAAAAGAGUAAACCAUUAAUGGAUUAUGUUAAGCUUAUUUUUUCACAUUAAUGUUAUUGAAUUAUAAUGGAAUUAUGGCAAUUAUCAAUAUACAGUACCAUUAUAACCAUUGACCGGAGACCUACUGUAUCUCCCGUUAUUUUGAGCCCUGGUCAUAUGCAUAUAUGCAUGUACUGUACAUAUGUUGUACAUCCAAUUUUGCCUUUCAUUACAUCACUAAAAAGUUUGAAUUAAAAGGGUGUUUGACACAGAGAUGAAUGGCUAUCACCCUAAGCAACACUUAAAUAUUUGUCAGAUUGUUCUUUCGAUAAUAAAACCUUUCCCAAAGAGAGGUGCGAAACGAUCUCAAGGGAGGUGCCCAGCUCCCCUCGAAAUCUGGCCAUGGUUGUAAUUUAUAAAAAAGUAUUGAUGUAUUAAUUAUCUAAUUAGAAUCCGUUCCAACUCCAAGUAUUACUCCUGAAGAUGCCAAAAGGAAAGCAGAGAUGUUAGUUGCUUCUGGGGUAAGAUUUGAGAAAUGUAAAUUCCUCCAUAUGAAGCCUGGUAAAUGUAUAUCUGAUGCAACACAGCCAUUCAUGUUCUAUAUAUUACUUCAUUACCAUAGUGUGUUAAAAUAUCAAAAACAUCAGUCAGCAGAGAAUUUAAGAGAGCCAGGACAUCAGAAAAGAAGGUGGCAAAGGUAUGGUAUAAUAUCAAGCCUCAAACUUUAAAAUAUUUUACUGUAGCCAACCUUUGUGAGUACACUGGAAAAAAUUUUGAAAAUCCAUAGAAGGUCAUAGAAUGGAAAUUGUAUGGACUUUUAUUGGAAAUUGAAUGGAUUUUGAUUAUCCAUAAUAAUUGUAUAUUUCCAUACUAUGGUUAUACAGUAGUAUGGAAAUAGUAUGGAUAUACAGUAGUAUGGAAAUAGUAUGGAUAUAUGUACAAUGGAUUUAGUGGUGCAAUUGCAAAUUUCAUGGUAUGGAUUUCACAUUUUUUCCCCAGUGGUAUGGACCUUAUUUGGGUAAAUUGAGCAAUUACAACUUUCAGAAAAUUGUGGGGUUUUACCCAACCUUUUUCUCUUUGCUGCCACCCCCGGCCAUAAAUAACGACCGGUCCCUUUAGUGAUGCAAUUGCGGUGACUAUUUUUUUCCAGUGAAGUGAUCAGUGCCUUUACAGUAUUUUUCAAAUUUUCAGGACAAUUUAUCUGACCAAGAAUUAACAACGCUUGUCGAAAAAAAGGUAUACAAUAUUCUGAAUUUAGUAAUUUUUAAGACAGAAUAAAAUUUAGUUGAAAAAUUAAUUUUCAAAAGUAUCUCUUUGCUAUAGCACCUCUUAGUGAGUAGAAUGUGUUUUGUAUCUUUUUCAGCCACUACAGUCAACGUAUGCAGCAGAAAUGAGGGAAAUGUACCAUAGCAAGUGAGUACAAAUAUUCAUCACGGUAUGCAGUUAACAAAUAGAUACAUUUUGCCGUUGUCUGUUCAGUUUUCGAUACACACCGGUUGUUGAACUCAGUUGUCGAGCUCUAACCACGACUUCAUGUAUAUACAAGGUGUCUGAAAAAAAACGCUACAGAAAUUCAACAGGCUGUCGUGCAUCAUAAACGUGGCUAAACAAUUCAAUUUUUACAUAGGACGAAAGAACAGUUAUUUAGCUUUUCAAUGAUACUUUUUUUAAAUCGUAACGAUGAGAAAUGGCCACACACUCGUCAAAUAAAAAUUGGCUGUCGAAAUUACAUUCUUCCACCGUUGGGAAUAGCAUGGAAAACGAAACAUAAAUAAUUCCCAAGAGGGAAUUAAAAUUGAAUGUUUAAUUAUCUAAAAUAAGCUCAACUCGUCAAUCUUCGUUUUAGUGAGACCAUAAGAACGUCCAUUAUUCAUUAAACAUGGUUCAAUUAACCACUGAACAGAGAACAUUCGUAAUCAAAACGUUUUACGAAACAAAUACGUUGUUUUUGGAUUGAUUAACUUUGCAUAACUAAUGUAUUUUUAAUUCCCAACGGUGGAAGAAUGUGAUUUCGACCGAAAAGUUUUAUUGGACGAGUAUAUGGCCAUUUAUCAUCGUUACGGUUUAAGAAAGGUAUCAUAGAAAAGCUAGAUAACAGCUCUUUCGUCCUAUGUAAAAAUUGAUUGUUUAGCAUUGAUUCCAUAGCGUUUUUUUUUGUAUAGGAAUGUACGCAUAGGAACUGCUUAUUGUUUGCUAGCUGUAAUAAGUUACUUAAUAACUCUACAUUCUAUCAUUUUUUUUUUGGGGGGGGGGGGGUGCCACACACACCCAUACCCCCCUUAAGUUUUGUCCCUGGAUGCCAACAAAAAAUUGUAAACUUAUCAUCCUAUCUUCAAUCUACGCAUGCUCAACAGUACGUUUCGAUGCGAUACGGUUGAAGUGGAAAACGGCUUGAACACGAUGCCAUAUAAAAACUACCGUCUAAAAAUAACUUCGCUCUGGAGUGUUAUGGAAAAGAAUUCGGCUCAUUCCGAGCGUCUUGUAAUUUGGUCGCAUCCGAUACGUGCGGCUUCGUUAUUCAACUUUCACAAGACUUUCCUAUUUCAAAAACAUUAAAUAUAUUUUCUAAGCAAUUUUAACGUCCUUUAAAGGCCAGUGCCCCAUCUCUACCAACAUACAGUAAAUACAUAAUUUUUUGUUAUUAAAUAAAUGUUUGUGUAACUGAAAUUGUUGCCUGUUUGUAGCUUUGUUAAGAGUGGAGAAAGGCGCGACAAUGGUAAGUUCUUGACGUUUUUGUGUGUAAAUAGUAGAGGUGUACAAAUCCGAUCGGAUUCGUUCGGAUUUCGGAACAAAAAUAUACAUAUCGGAUCGGAUUGAUAAAGUUGUUUCGUAAUCGGAUCGGACUUCGAUAUUCGAAAUAAAAUGAAUUAAUUAUCCACGCAUUAUCGCAAGAAUUAAUUAUCCAUGUGCUUUUAUCCAAGCAUUAUCGCGGUUGUCGCUACAUUAUUCGUUUGACACUUCAAUUGGACGUCACUUUGUCAGCUUCUUGACAUGUAUUUCUUGCUUUCAUAUUUAUUUGGUUAAAUAUUUCAACUUGAAUGAGAAAUUUAUUUUAUUAAAGGAUUCUUCGGAUCGAAUCGGAAUUCUCUAUCAAAACUCGGAUUGGAUUCGGAUUAGACAAUAUCGGAUCGGAUCGGAUUUUAAACAUUAAGUAAUUGUCGGAUUAUAAACGUCCGAUGCACACCUCUAGUAAAUAGUAUAAUAUUUUAUUUAAUUUAUUUAAAAGAAUUCAUGCAUGCAUGGUUUCUGAUUGGCUAACAGCCAACUGUGGAAACUCAAUAACUGACCAAAUAUGGAAUUUUGACAUAAUAUUCAACGCAGUGACGUCAUAACGUUGAUACGAAAAAAUCAUAUCAACGGUAUGACAUCAUAAAGUUGAUAUGAAAAUGAAAUCAUGUCAACAUCAUGACGUCUUGCUGCGAAAAUACGAAAUGUGGAAACAUGACCAAAACAAUAUCACGCCGCCUUGCGCCGAAUUUGGUUUAAAGGCCGAGACACACCGGACGCGAUUCGACAACGCGUCGCGAUUCUUCGAGAUUACUUUACUUCUAUAAUUUCAUUUGUAAUACACUUAGUUCAGCACGUAAUUUUAAAUUUGUAUCCUUAGGCUUAGCUUUGUAAUUUUAAAUUUUACCCUCACAUUGAAGGGAACUUAAAUAAAGUUUACCUUACCUUACUUAUGGAACAAUAACAAAAAUAUUCGUGUCAUAUUUUAUCUUUGACGUAAUUCUCUAUCAUGUUCCUUUGCAGAUUCAAACGGCAAUCAUGGACAUAGAGAAGAGAACAAAGGACAUAGAGAGGAGAACAGAGGAUAUAGAGAGGAGAACAGGGGAUAUAGAGAGGAGAACAAAGGAUAUAGAGAGGAGAACAGAGGAUAUAGAGAAGAGAACAGAGGAUAUAGAGAAGAGAACAGAGGAUAUAGAGAGCCAAGGAAAGUAUGUUUUAUAGCAGAAGAAUCAAAUAUUAAGCACAUAUUGUAUAAGGGUGUGUUCAUACAGUAUGAGCCCAACUGAAAGGAAAACUCGUCUGAGUGAGAUCUAUACAUGCCC